AUGCCCGUACAUAGCGGCUUGAAUCACUCGCCCAUUGGAAUCUCCCGGUCCCCCGAGCCUCUCUCUAUGAAGGCAGAUAUUGCAGAAAACUACUACCCCUUAGUCCCCGAGCAGCAAGUUCCUGUCAACAAUUCUUAUCACUCCUUCUAUACUCCAAAUCAGUUCUCGGCCGUCAGCCAACAAUUUCAUUCACCAAGCAUGAGCCAGUCGAUGUGGGCAUCUCCUCGUUCGUCAGUGGACGACUUCGAAAACUACUCCUACCAUGGCCAGGCUCCAACCUCCUACAACGCUGCUUCUCUCUCGCCGCGGACCUGGCCUUCAUCUAUUCAAACUCCUCCUCCCCAGUACGAAGUUCCCUUUCAUCACCAGCAACAGUAUGACGGCCUCCCCGGCGACCAACUACCAAUGUGUUCGGAUGAGAUCCGAGGUGCACCUCUCAACAUACCUGGAGAAUAUAGUUCGACCUGUUUCCAGCAAGGUUUUGGAGGGCCCCAUAACAACGUUCCCUCCAAGUAUGAGUCCCCUCCCCCUAUGGUCUCAUCCGGUUCUCCUUACAUGGCUUCGCCAAUCUCCAUCGAGGAAAACUUCGAGAAUGGUUCAAAGCCUCCUCUGAGUCGAAGUUCCUCGCCAGUAGAACAAGAGGGCCCUCUGCAUCCUCCCGACUGUCAGAGCAAGAACGAGGCAGCACAGAAGGCUGCAGCAAAGGAUGAGGACGAGCCUUACGCGCAGCUCAUCUGGAAGGCUUUGAAGGCUCAGGAGAGCCGCUCCAUGACUCUACAGCAGCUCUACCAGUGGUUCCUCGACAACACUGACAAGCCCGAGAAAGCGGGAGGUCUAGGCUGGCACAACAGCAUCCGUCACAACUUGAGCAUGAACCAUGCGUUUGUUAGAAAAGAAGAACCCAUCCAGACCAACUUCAGCAGUAGCACAUCUUGCACAAACGAGAAGAGACCCAGCAAGUGGUACCUCCUCCCUGAGUUCGAAGAUGGUGUUCGGUCCACGACAUACUACCGUGGCUCUCCCCGGGGCGGCACCCGUCACAAGAAGCGCAAGGACCUAAGCCCUGUCCAUGUCGGUCACCAGCGCCAUCGCCAGGCCACCUAUCACCCGUCUCCUAACUUUCCCAACCGUACCAUGCCUGGGCGCGCCAUGUCGGGCAGGCGCGGCGGUAAAGCUACCACACGCUCCAAGAGCAUCGCUAGGAACCUCAGGGUUCGCACCAGCCCCGUUAACUCUCCCAUUCUCAUGCCCCACCAAAAUCAACACUGGGGGUCUCCUCAGAGGGUUAUGAGCACCAGUAUGCCGACAUAUUCUCAAGAUCUCAGCCAAAACUCCAACGCGAGAUUCUUCAUCCGUGACGAAGAGCAGAAGCUAGGGCUUAACGCGGACGCUGCUAGCAACAUCCCACAUCAUGGACUUUCCAUGCCCAUCCGGACUGCCCAGCCGCCGUACCAGUUCGCGGACUACAGUAUGACCGAUGUCACUGGCGUCUAUCAGCACCCCCAGCAGCAGUAUCAGCAGCACCCCCAGCAGCAGUAUCAGCAGCACCCCCAGCAGCACCCCCAGUCCCAUCCCCGGAGCGACAACGUCCUGUACGGGUGGGGGAACUCCACAAACCAUGGAUUGUAA